AUGGGAUCCCCAAAUGGGGACGAGGGUCUCCGAAGGUGGCUUCUUGAGGCGGAUCACCGUAGGAUGGCCUUCUUCAUCACGUCUCUCACCGACGCCGUCGUCCACUCGAGGAGUCUGGGGAGGGCGGGUGAGGGGAGCUAUCGUGAUCGCUCUCCUCCCGCACUGCCCCCAACGCUCGAGCGAGUGUUCUCAGCUCGGGGGAGAAGCCGAGCUCUAGAGGGGCGUUCGUUGGUGGUCGCCCUGGCGGGGGUCGCCAGACUCUAG